CCAUGAGCAAGAAGUUUCUCAUCUCUAAAGCUUCUGUAAAGCUACCGACAAUGAAGAGGAUUUGUCAAAAAGAAUCAGCAGGAAUAUUCGAAAAUUCGCCUAUAAAGGAUCGCAAGCCGAGCUAUGGAUCUUUUCUAAUUCCCAAAUCAUACCACAAAAGGAAGGCUAAGAGGCCACGUAAAUUGUCAAGAGUCUUCCUAAAUAGAACUCUUGACAAUAACUCUUCAGCAGACACUAUACAAGUUGGCAAGGGUUAUGAUGAAUUUUAUGAAAUGAUCUACAAAGCUAGAAAUAAAAAUAAUCAAACCAAAAUUUUCAACAAUCACAAAAACAAACUUAUGAGCAUUAGAAAAGUCAGGAAUCCGAGCCAAAUCUUUGAAGAGUCUCUGAGAAAUUAUGAUAAUAGGAAUCAUAAUGGUUCCAUCGGGAGCGUCCUCAGACUUAGUCAAAAGCCCUCUAUAAUUGAAUCACAGGAUAAAAUUAGAAACAAUAUGCAUAACUUCAAGCAAAGAAGGAUAGCUAGCAAGAGCCCUUCCAUAGUCAAGGCGCUUGGGCGCAAUAAAUAUCAUCUUGAUUUUACAGUAAAGAAAUCUCCAAAAGAGGAGCCUGAGACUAUCACUGAUAUAAUAUCUAAACUUACCAAAGAUCUUAUGAAGAAUAGCAAGAGAGAUAACUUGAACAAUUUAUUUAAUUUGCCUUAUGAGCAGAGAGGAACAAUGAUCCAAAGAAAAAUCAGCUCGCUUACCAAAAUUUACGAGGACUUCUACACAAAUUUACCCAGUGCGAUUAAAUCAGACCUAAACGAGAUCAUAAGACACUUGCAGAGAUGAGUGGAAGAGGAAACUUAUGAUUACGAAGACAUUUGUCAGACCUUUGUGAUAACUCCAGUAGGGACUAUAUUCAAGCCUCUUGCCAAAAUGAGUAGCAAAAGCCACAAAAUGAUAGGUGAAGGCUUACUGAUCUCUAUCACAAAUGAAAUCACUAAGGCAGACUUCAGCCUUGGUAUUGUAAGGAGAGGAAUUAUGCAAAGACUAUACAAAGACGGUGAAUUUUUCAGCGGAAAUUGCCUUGACAAAGGCGUCAGACAUGGCCAAGCCAAAGUUAAAUACCCUAAUGGAGAUACCUAUGAAGGAGAAUACUUCAAAGAUGAAAGAGCUGGUAUUGCCAAAAUGAUAUUCAACGACGGCUCAGAAUAUUUUGGUGAGUUCUCAGGCAAUGAAAUCUCUGGAAAUGGAACCCUGAUAGAUUCCGAAGGAAACGAAUUCACCACAAAACUAUUUGAGAAUGAUAAAUAAAGUCAACCUCAGAGGCCGAUUCGAAGGCCGCUACUUAUUCGGCCUUGGAAAAGCCAAAUACAAAAAUGGAAAUGUUUACUCAGGCUACUUUAAAAAGAGUAAAUAAAGAUGGGAAAGGAGAAAUGAAGUUCAAGAUUAGCGAGAAUCCUGAAGAUCCAGAUGACGUGGGAGACUAUAAUGGUCACUUCAAGUCUGAUAGAAGAGAAGGAGAAGGAACAAUGUACUACACUAACAAUUAUAUCUUUGAAGGAGUAUGGAAAAAGGAUAAACCGCACAACGGGACUCUAGUUACUCCUGAAAAGGAUGAAUAUAUUGGGAAAUUUUACAACGUUAAACUUAUUGGGAAAGGAAAGUUUAUUCACAGCUAUGGCAACACAAUUGAAGGGAUAUUCUCAAGAGGAGAAUUUCCAAAAACAGGAACCAUAACUUUCCAAGAUGGAAAUAUAUUUGAAGGCAACUUAAAUACCUACCAAAUCGGUAAAGAAGGUAAAAUGAAAUAUCUUGAUGGUUCCAUUUAUGAGGGAGAAUUUACUAGCCAAAGAAGAGAAGGAUUCGGAGUUCUCGUCACACCACAAGGAGAUAGAUACAAAGGUCAGUGGUCUUAUGAUACUAAACAUGGCAAAGGAAUCGAAUACAUAUAUGAAUUGCAAGAAAUUUAUGAGGGAGAGUUCAGGAAUGGAAAAAGACACGGAAAAGGAACACUUAUCACUCCUGAUAAGCGGAUCAAAGUCUGAAGAUGGAUAAAUGGCAUAAUUGAAGGAUCUCCUAAAAAGUUAAAGGAUCUUAGUAUGCAGAAAUAUAAGCAAAAAUAUACAAAAAUAUUUAGCUCAGAGAAGCCUAAUGUUCCAAAAGUGGUUAUUCACUCCUAAACUUUCAAUAA